AUGAUCAUACGCAAGGCCUCGGGCUUUGAGUCUCGACUUGUUCUUGUUCUGGACCAUUUGUGGGUAUGCAUCUCGCGCAACGGCCAGCAUGAUGCCCUCGGCCUAGAUGCAGGUAUUUCGGGAUCUGUUGACUCUAUACUUGGAAUUGUGCUGUUUCCUACGACAGAUCAGGUCACAAAUCUUCCAGAGAUGCCUACACGAGAGUGCCACGACAAUGCUGGUGAGUCGUCGGGAUUGCAUAAUUCCAGACCUUUGUAUUGCCCGAGGGAUUUUUCAGAUUCCCAUAGCUGGCCUGCCAUCGUAAGCGCGUUGGGCGACGUGCUCGGGGGGCUCCAUGUUGCAAUGCCUAGUAACUGCACCGAUCCACCGGCGGGCCGACCCCGGGGAUUCCUUCCAGCUAAGGGACCCAUCGGCCGUGAGGGGUUGGCAGUCCAAUCUCCGUAA